GUCAAAGCUCCCUACUGAUUUCAUAGACGAUAAAGCAACUGAAUAGCUACAGGGCUUUUUCAAAUCGUAUCCUACAGAUUAUCAUUUUGCAAAAGGUUUAAUAUAUUACGACGCGAAAGCAAAUCCUCGUCAACAUAUGUAUGCAUUCUACACGUUGGCCAAACUAUGUGAAGAGAGCAACUCGAAAUCGUUUUCUUGUUUUCCUUUACGAAAAGGCUCCAUUCCAUCAUAUGUCAUCAUCGACACAAAAAUCGUGAAUUUUCAUAUUUUGAAAAACAAGAGUUUUACUUCCAGCAAGCUUGAUCUCUGGGGAGAAGCUGUUGACUUAAACCGCAAAGUACCCAAAAACCAAGGUGCUGGGAAAACUAUUCAAUUUAAAGGAACAAUUGAAACAGAUGGUGUGGAAGUCUCUGUGGUUAAACAAAACUUUGUAACUUCGAAAGGUUCUGCAAGUAAUCGCAAUAAGCCUAACAAUUCCAUUGACAAAUUUCGUCAUAUCGAAAAUAUGGCUCAAGACAACUUGAUCAAAACUAGUAGUAACUGUAUUUUAAUUGAUCAUGGGCGUAGAUAUCUUCUGUGCUGUAUGCACGAGAACAGUGCACCAGAGAACAAGUCAAUAUUUCGAUAUACACGUAAUCAAAGAGCCAAGGAAACAAAGUCCACUCAUUUUAGAAAACUGCGGCAAAAAUUAAAACCCUUUACCAUACAAGUAAUUGAAGAUAUAUUAUGUCAAAUCCCUUCUUCCUCAGUGAAGUUCAGCAAUUACGUUAACUACUGAAAAGGAAGAGGGGAAGUUUAAU